AUGCAAGGUAUAUACAUUACUGUAUACGACUGACACGAGUGUGCGACGAAAAUAGAAUUUGACCGAGCUUAACGAGUAGUAAAUUUAUCAGUCUACGUACCACGUAUAAAUAACAUACUUAAUCGCGAUUUGAUUGUAGAAUCUUGAGAAUCCAAAGAAACGCAAAAGUAUAAAUAUGUCAGAUCCAGAACUUGAAGCGAUACGACAACAACGGCUGGCUCAGUUGCAGGCGCAAUAUAAGGGUAACAAUGUUAGCAAUGAACAGUCGAUGGAAGAGAGAAUGCAACAAAUGGAAGAGAUAAAGCAUUCUAUAUUGACUCAAGUGUUGGAUCAAUCAGCCAGAGCAAGAUUGAAUACACUUCGUCUUGGGAAGCCGGAGAAGGGAAAAAUGAUAGAAGAGAUGCUCGUCAGCAUGGCACAACGUCAACAAUUACCUGGAAAGCUUGGAGAAAAGGAAUUAAUCAGUUUACUUGAAAAUGUAAAUCAACAGACACAAAAGAAAACAACUGUCAAAUUUGAUAGGAGAAGAGCAGCUCUGGACUCAGACGAUGAUCUGGAUUUAUAGCAAUUAUACAAAUUUUAUAUCUGAGAUUUCUUAAGUUAGUGAAAGUUCGCGCUUGGUUUAUAAUUACAAAUAAAUUUUGAAAAUUAUAUUGCACAAUA